AUGCCGCCCGAGCUGCAGAUGCUGCACAGCAGCGCAUCGAUGCAGCACCUGCAAAUGCACCAGCUGGCCGCGCACCAGGCCAGCCUCGGGCACAUGCAGGCGCAUCAAGCGAUCGGGCCCAUGCAGCCGCACCCGGCCAUGAGCCAGCUACAAGCGCACCCGGGCUUGAGCCAGUUGCAAGCGCAUCCCGGCUUGAGCCAGUUGCAGCCGCACCCGGGCUUGAGCCAGCUACAAGCGCACCCGGGCAUUGUGCAGAUGCAGCCGCACCAGGCGAUCGUCAGACCGAUGCAGGCCCACCACUCGGGCGUCGCGCCGAACAUUGUGAGGCCGCGACCGCUCUGUCACCACCACGCGCCACGACACGCGACA